AUGGAAGGAAAAUUUCAUGAAGGGCAAUUAGUGUGGGCAAAAGUUGAAAAUCAUCUAUGGUGGCCAGCAAUUGUAUGAAUUAUUUAAGGUUGAUAGUGUGGAAGAAAACAAUGUUUCUGAGUUUGAUGAAGAGCCAGAUUUUCAAGGCGUCAUCACAGUCAAUUUAAUUGGAGAGAACACAUAGUAAGUUUUACAUAGUGCUCAUUUAAAUUCCAAAAAAAUAGUAGACUAUCAAGAAGCUUAUCAAACGCAUUCUAACGUAGAAGAUGAGGUAAAAAUUACUUAGAAACUUAAAAACUGUAUCACAAUCGCAAACAAGCUUUUAGCUAAGGAGCUCGAUAUUACAAAUCUUGAAGAAAUCAACACAAAUUUAAUAGCAUUUCUUCAUAAAAAUCACCCUCCAAAAGAAGAGCACAUAGAGCCCAGAAGUCUUGACACUUCAGACGAAGAACUCAAACGAAUAGUCAAAGAAAUCAACAAGCACCUAGACUCAAAAAUCGCGCUAAAUGAGCGUUCAACAGAUCUCAGCGGCUUAUGUAGCAGCUCUGACACCACCAGAUACAAGCUUGAAGAGCUCUUGCGGCUCCUCGCUACCUUUAUCGACCAUGAAGACUCCAGCACUCACUAUCUCCCAGUCCAAGAGCUCUGUGACAACCUUUCCUUUAUCGUCCAAAUAAUCCCAGACUCCUCUAUUCUCGAGGGCUCCAAAAUCUUAAAAACUCUUAAAACCUUUAAAAACAAAGAAAAAGAAAGCUCUAGCAGCCUUUUGAAAUUUCUCUCACACAUCUGUCACAAACUUUAUUUAUUUUGGAAAAAAAGCUUGAUUAAUGCAAGCAUAAAAAAUUUGGUGACUUCUAAUAAGCAGCAAAUAAAAAAAGACGAAAGCUGGGGGUCAAGAAGCUUUGUGGCGCAGACAAUUCCUGAGCCCAAAAAAGGACUUACUGAAGAAGAUUUAAGGAAGUUCAACAUGAUGAACUCUUUAAAUACAAAUAAUCAGGAAACUAUGUGGAGGUAUAAAUCAGGGCUAGCUACGACUCCAAUACAAAGUAAUAUUAGCCCAAGAGCAGAAAAGAGGCAAAAAACUGCAUCAUAUGCAGAUUCACAGAGGCCAAGUAUUACUAGUGAUAAUCUUAUUACAAGAAAUUCAAGCCCACCAGGAGAAACAAGAGCAAGCCUUGAACAAAGUCUAGUAAAUAGACUUGUGGAUAUGUCUCCAGAAGAAAAUAAAAGACUUGACACAGAAACUGAUACUGCCUCACAGAUAGGGGACGUUUUGUUAGCAAUACGUAAAAGAGAACUAAAGCGAGAAGACUUAGCAAGGCUUAGAGAAGGAGUAGAACUGCCUGAAAGUCUUGUGGACUGUUAUUUAUCAAUACUUAAACACACAAAUAGCUUAAGAAUUAGAUACACCCCAGGCACACCUAGAGUAAUGAUAGCAAGCUCAAGCGUAAGUAAAAUGAUUUUUAUUAAAGGAAAAGAAAUUUCUCAGCCUGAGCCAAAAAUAUUUAAACACGAUUUUUUAAUUUUCCCGAUUAAUGUGGGGUAUUGGACUUUAUUGAUAGUUGAUUUGAAGCGCAUCGUAGUUAGGUAUUGUGAUCCUAUGAAGGAGCAUAAAUCUAUAUCAAUGCUUAUAGGAAAAUUGGCGAGAUUUAUACAAAAAGCUGCACCUAGAGAUAUUCCUAAGCUAAAUACAAAUUAUCAGUUUGUCACUACUCCAGUGCCUGACAUAAAUAGAGGUGAUACUGGUAUUUACAUAUGCAAUGAGGUAGAAAAUUUAGCUUGUGGGAAACAAAAUAUAAUUAACAGAGAAACUGGAGAUGUCUAUAGAAAAAGUAUGCUGCUGUCACUAGUAAAAGCUUCAGGUGCAGGUGUAUAA